UCAAAGGCCAGUGAAUGCGUGCGCUCUGGCUGCUGUGGCUGUGUUGGGAGGAUUGUGUACUUUGUAGUUGACGCUGAAAUGGAGUUUUAUAAAGUAAACUGAAGUGGUUGACAUCCGUAUAACACAUUCAAGUUAUCAAGGUUUUAGUAGCCUUAAUGUUUUUGCUCCUAGUCAUCAUUGCUAAUAUUCAUCAAAAACAACCAUGACUUAUAUAUUAAAACAUUUUCUAGCAUUAGUAUUGCUUGUGGUACAAAUCAUUGCAGAUGAGAGGAUAUGCAUUCCUCAUGAUAUACAACCAGGCUACAGUAUUAAGAAAUUACAUUCCAAAGGUCAGGUCGAUUUAGAAGAAAAUGAAAUUUCAUCUCAUUUUACAGUACUAAGUGAUGGUUCCCUCGUACCCACUAAAAGCCUGGCUCAUUUAGCUGAUAAUACAGUAAAACUUCGUAUUAGGGAAGAACAUGAUGGUGUAACAUUUGUACAACCUCUUUUAAUACAUGUUAGAAGAAGUGAGGAAAUGUUACACUUUCCUCGAAGCUCGUAUAAUGGAAAAAUAGAUGAAAAUCAACCUCCAAAUACAAUUGUUGCCAAUUUAGUUGAUUUGAAAGCAACUGAUGCUAAAGGGAAUGUUGAAUAUUCAGUAUUUGGAAAUGAAGAUUUUAAUGUAUUUAAACACAAAGGUCAUCCUGUGAUUGCAUCGACUACUAUACUUGAUCGAGAGAAGCAAAGUAAUUAUGUCUUGAAAUUGAAUGCCGUUGAUUCAAAUGGGUGUAUUGCAUCUGUUCCGGUUACAGUAAUUGUAAAUGAUCUUAAUGACAACCCACCCAUAUUCCUUAAAAAGCAUUAUAUGUUCAAGAUUUCUUCAGAUAUUCCAGCUUAUUCUUCUAUUGGUUUCAUUAAAGCUGCUGAUGCUGAUGGUGAUAAACCAAUUUAUGAAUUUGUGGAAACCAACCAGAAUCAUACAUUUGUUAUUGUGCCCCAAACUGGAAGAGUUAUUGUCAUGGGAGAUGCACAACCUGGAAUAUACAGUUUUUAUGUUCAGGCUAAUGAUAAUCGUUAUCCACCUCUCUAUAGUGAUAUAAUUCCUGUGACGGUAAGUGUUGGCAAUGUUCAGUUAGAGCACAAAUUAAAAAGAACGAAACGUUCUAUCCGCCAGACAAAAACAUACACAAAUUUCCUGGAAACUGAUGCAAAUAUGCCAGGAAAAGUGAUGUUUCGUUUGGAAAGCCUCCAUCCAGAUGAAACAUUUAGUUUGGAGGACGAAAAUCGGUGGAUAGCUAUAGAUCACAAUGGUGAUGUGAAAGUUAGAGAGCCAUGGGAUUAUGAACAACUAGAGAGUGAGAAGACCAUUGAUUUUUGGGUACGGAUUAAAGCUCCUCAUCAACCUGAGCCUGAUAGGCAACGAAUUAUCAUACAAGUUCAAGAUGCAAAUGAUGAAAAUCCUUAUUUCAUCAACAGUCCAAUGCCAAUGCAAGCAGUUGUUGAGCUUAAUGCCUCUCCUGGUACGUCUGUAUUCAAAUUACAAGCCCGUGACCCUGACUCUGAUAGCAAAAUUCACUACUACCUUGUCCGAGAUCGAACUGGCGGCCGUUUUGAAGUGGAUGAAAUAUCUGGUGAAGUUAGAACUGUUGGAAGUGAUGCAUUCAAUCUAGACCAAGAAUAUGUUUUAUAUGUGAAGGCUGAAGAUUUGAAUGGCUUAAAAGAACAAUCCACUGGAGAGGAGAGGUUAUCAAUUAUAGGCGGCAAGCGGCCACCUCAGUUUUAUCAGCAGUCUUUCUCGGCUGUUAUCCCUGAGAAUAAGAAAAAGGAUUCAGAAAUAAUUCAAGUAAAAGCAAUGUCCUUCUCAAAUCGUCAUAUACGAUACAUUUUGGGUAUUAAAGGGCAAGGCGCAGGUACUUUUACAAUUGGUUCAACUGACGGGAUUGUAAAAUUAGCUAAAGAUUUAGAUUAUGAAGAUUUGCGUCAACCAAAAAAGUACUCUCUUCAAAUUACAGCUACUGAAGAUUCUGGAGGACUUUCAACUUCAGUUGAAUUGAACAUUGAUGUCACUGAUGUCAAUGAUAACCCUCCACGGUUUGAAGUUCCAGAUUAUCAGGCUCAUGGCGUUGCUGAAGAUGUUCCUAUUGGAACAUCAAUCUUACGAGUGUCAGCAACAGAUGCAGACUCAGGAAAAAAUGCAGAAAUAAAAUAUUCUCUGGAUAAAGAAGAUUUCACAAUCGAUUCAUAUGGUAUUGUUUAUUCUAAUAAAAGACUUGAUGCAGACAUCAUAAACACUUAUGAACUAACUGUACGAGCAGUAGACAAAGGAGAACCACCCCUCACUGGAACUGCCACUAUUCGUGUUUAUACAGAGAACAGAAAUGAUGAAGCUCCUAAGUUCAGCCAGGAUGUUUAUACACCUAGUGUAGAUGAGAAUGCUGGACCUAACACUCUGGUCACAACUGUUGUUGCUAGUGACAUUGAUGGUGAUAAUGUGAUAUUUGGUUUCAUGGGUGGAGGAACUACUGCAGGCAUGUUUGAAAUUGAAAAACGAACAGGUGUUAUACGCUUGAUUGAUGGGCCAAUAGUUUUGGAUAAAGAUAAAUAUGAGCUGAAUAUUACUGCAAAGGACGAUGGAGCAUGUUGUAAAGAUGGUGCUCAUAUCACGCACACCAGUACUGCUCUGGUAGUUGUCUUCAUAACAGAUGUUAAUGACAACAAACCUGUAUUUCAAGAUUGUGAAAAUUAUCAGCCUAAAGUCCAAGAAGGUGCACGAAGUGGUACUUUUGUUAUAAAGGUUAAUGCUAUAGAUUUAGAUAAAGGAUACAAUGGGCAAGUGAGAUACUCUGUCGUUCAACAGCCAAAUCAAAGGGGAGCAAAAUUCACUGUCGACGAAAUUACAGGAGAAGUCCUAACAAACAAGGUUUUUGAUAGAGAAGGUGAAGAUGGUCGUUUUGUGAGUGUUACUCUCAAAGCAACAGACAGAGGUAAUCCUCCUUUAGAAGGUGUAUGCUCCUUCAAAGUAGAAAUCACUGAUGUGAAUGACAAUACACCUCUUUUUCACCGUUCUGAAUACCAUGAAAACAUUAAACAAGAUAUUCCUGUUGGAAGCAUUGUCUUACGAGUAGCUGCUUCAGAUGAAGAUGCGGACAAUAAUGGUGAAAUUGUUUACAGCUUACAUGCAAGAUCCAUUGAAGAUGAAGGCUAUUUUUCAAUUAAUCCUGAAUCUGGCUGGAUAACAUUAAGGAAAGCUCUAGAUCGGGAAAAAUAUUAUUUAAGAGCUGAAGCUGCUGACCAAGGUGUGCCAUCUCUAAAAGCAUCAGUGAAUGUUCUUUUUGAAGUAGUUGACCGGAAAAAUAACCCACCAAUUUGGGACCAACCAAUUUAUGGACCAAUACGUGUAAAAGAAGAUACUUUAGCUGGCACAAAAAUUGCAUCAUUGAAAGCAAGAUCUGGUAUUCCUGACAACCCAAGAGUGUUUUAUACUCUAAUAAAAGGGGGAACAGAGCAAACGAAUGGGAAAGACACAUUUUACUUGACUCAAAAUUCCACAUCAGAAGAUGGAGACACUUGGGCUUACAUUUUUUUAAAUUAUAUGUUAGAUUAUGAAAAAAUACAGCAGUAUAAUUUGACAGUUCGUGUAGAGAACAAUGGAGCUCAACAACUAGCAAGUGAAGCUACAGUGUAUAUUUUAGUAGAUGAUGUCAAUGAUGAAAUUCCUUUAUUCAUUGAGCAAGAACAAGAAACUGUUCUUGAAGAAAUGCCUGUUGGUACCAAGGUCACUCAAAUUCGUGCAGUUGAUAAAGAUGGCACUUAUCCAAAUAAUAAGGUGUAUUAUUCCAUUGAACCAGGGGAUGAUGGUGAUAACUUUGACAUUGAUAGAGACACUGGGGAGAUAUUCACAAAAAAAGUAUUUGAUCGGGAGCAGCGGCAGUCAUAUGUUGUUAAUGUGAAAGCGGAAGAUGGUAGUCCUUCAGCCAGACCUAAUAAGAAGAGCAACGAGCCAAAUUCAGUGACCAAGUACAUCCGAAUCGGGAUUGGUGACAAGAACGAUAAUCCACCAUAUUUCGAGCAGUCAUUUUAUGAAGCCGAAGUCAACGAAGACGAGGACAUACAGCACACGGUCAUCACUAUCACAGCCAAGGACGAAGAUCAAUCCUCUCGCAUUCGGUAUGAAAUCACAGCUGGUAAUACAGGAGGAGCCUUUGCUGUGAAGAACGAAACUGGCGCCAUCUACGUCGCCAGUCCAUUGGAUUACGAAACCAGAAAAUCCUAUAAUUUGACAUUGGCAGCUUCGGACUCUUUGCACGCCAACUACACAAUUGUGCACAUUAAGGUGAAAGAUAUCAACGACCUUCCUCCUAAAUUCAGUCAGUCGCUGUACCAGACGCAUAUCCUGGAAGAAGAUUCGGAUGGCCUGCCCAAAAAGAUCCUACAGGUCAGUGCUACCGAUGGCGACUUGGACCGGAAUUCGAAGAUACUCUACUUUCUUACAGGUCAGGGCAUUGAAGAAAAGAUUGAAAAUAGCAAAUUUGCCAUCAAUGACACUUCUGGUGAAAUCUAUGUGCUCAAACCCCUUGACAGAGAUCUGCCUCAUGGUCGCUCUCAAUGGCGAUUCACUGUUUAUGCAACAGACGAAGAUGGGAAAGGCCUUGUUGGCUAUGCAGAUGUGCUUGUCAAUCUCAAGGACAUCAAUGACAAUGCUCCUUUCUUUCCUCAGGCUAUAUACUCUGGAAAUGUUACAGAAAAUGGAACGACUGGUUUGACAGUAAUGACAAUGACUGCAACUGAUUAUGAUGAUCCAAACGAAGGUUCAAAUGCAAAAUUAAAAUACACAAUUGAGCAGAAUCAAGUAAAUGAAAACCAUGAAUUGAUUUUUGCCAUUGAUCAAGAUACUGGUGUAAUAACCACUGCUGUGUGUUGCCUGGAUCGUGAAGCUAUUUCAGAAUACACAAUUAAAGUUGUAGCUACAGAUGGAGGGGGCCUUCAAGGAACUGGUACUGCUACUAUCAAAAUCAGAGACAUCAAUGAUAUGCCCCCGGUGUUUACAAAGAAGGAGUGGUAUGUACAAGUAGAUGAGACGGAAGGAGAUGAUAUUCCAGAGCUUCCAAUACUGGUGGUCUCUGUGAAAGAUGAAGAUUUGUUAGAAACUAAUCGCUUUAGUUAUAAGGUUAUAAACAGCACAUUUGGAGCUGAUAAAUUUACUAUGGUUACUAAUUCAGAUGGCACAGGAUCACUUAAAGUUGCUAAGCCUUUGGAUUAUGAAGAUCCUAUGCAAAGAUAUGGUUUUAAUAUCACAAUCCAAGUUAGUGAUCAUGGUGGAGAAACUUCAAAUACAUAUCACAUUGAUUAUUCAAAAGUGUUUAUUGGACUUAUCGAUAUAAAUGACAAUCCUCCAGAAUUUUCAAAGCCUCUACAAAAGGCUAGUGUUUAUGAAAAUGUUACUAUUGGAUAUGUUGUGAAACAAUUCCAAGCCCGUGAUCCUGACCAAGCUGGGAAAUCAAUGGUUAGGUAUUCAAUUGAUCGGUCUUCCGAUAGAAGAAGGCAGUUCAAAAUCGACCAGUCAGGUAUAGUUGCCAUUCAGAGGCCUUUGGAUAGAGAAACUGUUAGUCGUCAUGAUAUUAGAAUUCUUGCUACAGAUGAUGGAACACCACCAAGAACAGCUACUGCUACACUUCUUGUUGAUGUUUUGGAUGUUAACGAUAAUGCUCCUCGUUUCCGAGAGGACUACCGCCCAAUUGUCCCAGAGAACACCAAACCAGAAUUGAAAGUUAUUGAAAUAUUUGCUGAGGAUCCAGACUUACCUCCAUCGAGCAAGCCAUGGUUCAGAUUUCGGUUAGCUGAUAAUGCAGAUAGUAUCAUCCAGAGUUCUUUUAAAGUAGUUUUUAAUAAAGAUGGUGAUAAUGGCAAGGGAUCUGCAACUGUGUAUACUCGAGUUGAAUUUGACAGAGAAGUGCAGAAAGAAUAUGAGCUUCCUAUUGUGAUUGCUGAUAGUGGGAUACCAUCACGUACAAGUACAAACACUCUCACUGUCAUAAUUGGAGAUGAAAAUGACAAUCCUAUGUAUCCUGGCUCAAAAGACAUAUUCGUAUAUAGUUACAAAGGAACAAAACCACCUCUUUACAUUGGUCGAGUCCAUGUGGAAGAUGAAGAUGAUUGGGAUGAUGUGGAUAAAGUUUUUUAUUGGAAAGAUAAUAAACAGCAUCCUAAUUUUGAAUUAAAUUUUACAUCAGGAGAUAUCAUUAUGCGUGAUAUGGUUAGUGGUGGGAAAUACACUUUACAUUUCAUGGUGGUGGACCAAAAAAGAAAUGAAGAAGUAACUGCAGUUGUUACAGUCACAAUUAAGGAAAUUCCAGAAGAAGCUGUUUACAAUUCUGGAUCUAUAAGAAUAGCGGGGCACUCAGAUGAAGAUUUUAUUCGAGUAUGGGAUUGGAAGAAUAAAGUUCAAGUUGAAAGCAAAUACAAUAAAUUUAAAGAUAUUUUGGCUAAAUUGCUAAAUGUGAAAAAAGAUAAUGUUGAUAUUUUUACAGUUCUAAAAAAUCCCGAGCAGCCUCUUUUCACAGAUAUAAGAUUUGCAGCUCAUGGCUCUCCUUAUUACAAAGCUUCUAAAUUAGAUGGUUUAGUAGCCCUGCACAGGAAAAAUAUUGAACAGAUAGUUGGUGUGAACAUAACUAUGGUGGGCAUUGAUGAGUGUUACUAUGAAGAUAAAUGUGAAGACAGCUGUACCAAUUAUCUCAGUGUAUUAGGUGAUCGACCUGCAACUGUGAAUGCAAACCGCACAUCUCUUGUUGGUGUCUAUGCUAGGGUGGUAGCAAAGUGCACAUGUGGUGCUAGAGAUUUUUCCGCUAUGGAAUCCUGUAAAACCAGACCAAAACCAUGCUACAAUGAUGGUAUAUGCUCUGACAAGUUCGGAAUAGUAAAUUGUUCAUGUAGUGAAGGAUAUACAGGCCCUCAGUGUCAGAAAACCACUCGUCAUUUUGGAGGUGAUGGUUAUGCCUGGUUCCCACCAUUACAGCAGUGUGAAAAAUCUCACUUUCAUUUGGAAUUUAUGACCCAAAAUCAAAAUGGUCUUAUUCUUUACAAUGGCCCUAUUUCAGAAGCUGACCCUGGCGAAAAAAUUGUCCAAGAUUUUUUUUCAUUGGAAUUGCAGAAUGGUAAACCUCGCCUUCUCAUCGAUUUUGGCUCCGGAACUACAGAAAUAGUUGUCAAUGUGCAACCCAUUUUGAGUGAUGGUGAAUGGCAUAAGCUUGAUGUAUUUUGGGAUAGAGAGACUGUUACAAUGGUUGUGGAUAACUGCGUGACUGCUCGAAACCGUGACCUGGAUCCUCCAGUCACUGACAGGUCCAUCUGUGAAGGAUCUGCAGAAAUCAAACCAUUCAAUGAAUUCUUAAAUGUGAAUGGACCUCUGCAGCUUGGUGGCGUAAAUCACCAUGUUUUAAACUCUUACAAGUGGAACUACGCACAUGCAAGGAAGGGCUUCAAUGGCUGUAUAAAAAAUGUGAUUCAUAAUAGUGAAAUGUAUGAUCUUGCUGGUGCUGGUGACAGUAAGGACAGUACCAUCGGCUGUCCACCCGCUGAAGAACACUGUUAUCCAAAUCGGUUAGAUAAAUUCUGUCUGCAUGGUAGCUGUAUUGGCAACUAUGCAUCUGCUAAAUGUGUGUGCUUCCCAGGUUACCAUGGUGCUCGUUGUGAUAUAAAAACUCAGGAAAAAAUGUUCCGACAGAAUAGCUACAUACGUUAUGCUCUGACAUUUAACCCUGAGGAAUACUCUAAUGAUAUUCAACUGAAUUUUAGGACUCGUCAAAAACAUGGUGAAUUAUUCAGAGCAACAAGCAAACAUGGAAGAGAAUAUCUUAUUUUAGAAAUAAGGAACACAACUCUAAGGUUCCGUUUCAACUUGAACCAAUUCCGAUCAGCUGAGCAAGAAUUAUGGUUGCCGUAUGUAAGCGUGAAUGAUGGUCAGUGGCAUAAUGUCAGAGUCGAAAGAUAUGGCAGUACUGCUGCUAUUUCCCUUGAUGGUGGUGGUGGACGAAGGUACAAUGAACUGCUUGACUACAAGGGACGUCAUCAGCAGUUAGUUAUUGAAGGAAAGAAUGUGAUUGUUGGUGGUGAUGUUCAGUAUGUUGCUCCUACUGUUACUUUGGUGGAUAAUGACUUCCAAGCAGGUUGCCUUGAUGACAUUCGAUUGGAUACAAGAUAUUUGCCAAUGGAAAAUGGCUCUGAAAGUGCCAUUGUACUUGAAUCACCCAAUGUUCAGUCUGGAUGUCCUUCCAAUAAUCCUUGUGCUGGUGUAUUCUGCAAGAAACCAUUUAUAUGUGUCGAUUUGUGGAUGUUGUAUGAAUGCACAUGUCCAAAAGGAUUUGUUGUGACUCCUGAUGGAUCAAAUUGCAGCGAUGAAGACGAAUGCAUUACCCAGCAGCCAUGUCUAAAUGGUGGGUCUUGUAUUAACUUACCAGAUGGACAAGGUUAUGAAUGCAUAUGCCCUGAUGGGUAUAUUGGCAUACACUGCAAUGCAGUUAGGGAAGAAAAAGUUAUGCAACUUAGUUAUGCAGCAUUGGUUCUUAUUCUUGUUUGCUUGUUUGUUAUUAUAGUUGUUGUCCUGCUUGUGGCCCUCUAUUCUCGUUUCCGAUCCCACAAACCUUAUGACCAAAAAGACAUAAUAGAUGAUGUUCGUGAAAAUAUCAUUGUGUACGAUGAUGAAGGAGGUGGAGAAGAUGACAUGAAUGCUUAUGACAUUAAGACUUUACAGAUUCCUAUUGAUGGUUAUGGAUCACCGAUGGGGGCAAAAUCUGGUCCAGAGAAAGGGCCAGUUAGAGAACAUCCUCAAUGGCAAGCCCCACCAGGUGUACAGCCAGAUGUUGGAGAUUUUAUUCGUGACCAUCAGGAUAAAGCUGAUACAGACAUAAAUGUUCCUCCUUUUGAUGACUUGCGCAAUUAUGCAUAUGAGGGUGGUGGCAGUUCUGCUGGUUCACUGAGCUCUCUUGCUUCAUGCACAGAUGAUAAUGAUCAUGAUUUUGAAUAUCUCAAUGGAUGGGGACCACGUUUCCAGAAACUUGCGGAUAUGUAUGGUCAAGGAGAAAGUGAAGAAGAGUAAAAGAAUAUUUAGUUAAUGAAAUCAGUUGCCAACCAUAAACAGAACAAGCAGGGACUUGUUUUUUAAUCUUUGUGACUCUGUUCUAAAGAGUGAUCAUAUCGCAUGCAGAUUUGGAUUCAUUGCAGUGCUAAAUCGAUCAGUUAUUUUAAAAUUGUAUAUUUUAAAGCUUUUAGAAUUUUAUGUUGGAGCUGUCAUUUUUUUCUGAUUAAAGAUUUGGUGUUUCAUUUUUUAAAUUUUUAAAUAAUUUUCAUUUUAAUGAUACAUGUGUUAAUGAUAUGGUAAAUAAGUACUAUCACUGUGUUUGUAUAAUUAUAUAUAUACAAGCACUUGUAUAUAUAUACAUAUAUACAUGUACAAGCACUUGUUUUUACAGAAUCCACAUCUGCACUGGUUAUUCUUAGAGCACACGAGGAAAUAUUUAAAUUUGACAAAUGGCAGCUGUUUACAGCCUUGUUCUGUGAUGCCUUAUUCAGUGUAUAAUUCCUCUUGCUGCUUUACUCUUUAAAGCAGCAACAUUGAAAAUGUUUUGUCAUUUUUGUAUCAUGUUUCAUGAAUUUUUGAUGCCAUAAUUGUCAUGGUUCAUAGUGUGCAUGUACUGCCAACAUUCAUUAUAUUAUUUUGCAUACUGGAACUAGUUUUUCUUUGCACAUGUUGGACAUUUGAUCCUAAAUGUGUGUGUAUAAUAAUAAUAGCUGCAGCUAAUUCUGUUUAUCCUUAUUUACUUAUAAUUUUGUAAGCAUUAAAAAUUUUGUACUUUGAGACCUGACUGAAUUUUUUUUCCUUUAGCUCUAAAAAAAAAGGUGCCACAAGAUCAGCUAGUAUGUGUUUAUAUGUAAAAAUGCCAAAUCUCUGUUUUAAGCCUUUUUAAUUCUUAUGAAAUCUUUUUAUUUUGCAAAUAUGUAAUUUUAUUUCAUUUUGUAAGUAGUUUAUUUAAUUAUUUUCCUUUUAUGUAGCUUCUACAUGUAUAAAAGGUUAUUAUCUUCUUACCUAUUUUUGAUAUUUUUUUAAGUGCUGAGAUUGCUUAAUUUGCAAAAAGUUUUUGUAAUUAUUAUGAAACUUUCAUUUUGAAAGUGUUAGAAUAAUUUAUCUAUCUCUUAAUUUCAAUAAGGUGCAGCUAGUGUAUAUCACUCUUUUAGCUUUGGUAUUUUGGUGCUGAGGUAUAUAUCUGUAAAUAUUCCUUUUUGUUAAUUUUGCAAGAUGGAAGAAAAUACUGCACUUUUCAUUUUACACUAAACAUCCGUCCAUACUUUGUACUUCGUUAAUAUUACUUGCUCUUCAAAGUUUGAAUGUAUAAUUGACUAGAAUGAAAAUUCUUUAAAUAUAAAUAAGAUACAUUAGUGUCAGUCAGUGUUUAAUUUUUAAAGAGUCUUUAUAUCACAAGUCUAUAUUCCUGAGCAGUAUAUGUCUAGAAAAUCUUACAUAUUUAUGUGAAAAGAGUUCCUUAUUCCUCUUCAGGAAAUUUUUUUUUCUCUUCACAAUUUUCUUUUUUCCAUAUAUUUUGGUUUGUACAGUAAAAAUCAGAUAGAGGAAAUUAGAUUUAAUUUUCAGUAAUUUUUCUCUUCAUUUGUUUGUUUAAUCAAUUUUUUUCUGUUAUCUAUUUCUGUUUUGAUAUGUUUUCAUAAAAUUAGAAGGUGCUAAAUAACUAUAUUUAUUGAAAGUGUUAGGAGUGGCACUCUCUGAUCUUGAUAAAAUAUUAAUUCAGCUUUUCAUCUGUAUAGAUUAUUUCAUUGUAAUUUCAUAAAAUGCACAGUUUUCCCAAAUUAUCAUCAUUUGUGAAAGCUAACAUUAAACUCAUUAUAGUAUGUGGCUCUUUUAUACAAAGGUUAGUCUUUCUGAAAUAUGAUUAUUAAAUCCAACUUGAAAGAUAGCAUUUUGCUCCUUUUAAAGAUUUUUAUGUAUGAUGUAGCUUAACGUUUAUUAGUGUAUUCCUCCCCCCUGAGUUGUAAUGUUUUUAUUACAUUAAUAUAAGCCCAACUCAGCAAAUUUUAUGUUGUGUUAUUUUAUGUAAUAUUUUUAGGUACACUUUUUUUUUUUUUUUUUUUUUUUUUUUUGCAGGCUUUGGGGAAUUUAACAUUCCACUGAUUUAAACUUGAGAUAAUUGCAGUUAGAGAUUUAAUUUCAUUUCUUUGUUAAUUAAAGAUAUAAAACACAUUGGAUUGUUUGUUUUUAAGAUCAUUAAACAUAAAAUUUGAAUUUAAAGUAAUUUAUUUUUUGAAUUUUUUGUUUCAACGGGAAAUUAUCACAGGCUAAGAUUUUUGUAUUUUUCCUCUAUCUACUAACUUUGUGUCUGAAGAUACUGAUAAGAUGAUUUGAUAUCUCUUUUCGUUUUAUUGACAUGCAGUUAUCUCCAUUUUGAAUUCAGUUUAGUAAUCCCCAGCUCUGUAAAUGCAUUUGAUGUAUUUUACAUUUUUUAUGAAUUUUUCUGAAUAUUUUUGUUUCUUAAUUUGUCAUUGCAGCUAAAUUUUUUAUUGUAGUGUAAACAUAAUUUUUGAUUUUUUUAAGAAAGUUCUUUGGUAAAAAUAAAGAUGAAAAUCAUAA